ACAAUUCAUCUCACGUCAAAGCGAAGAAAAAAACUCCCGCCAAGGACGCGUCACGCCACCCGUUGAACCAGCAAACGCAGACAGGCCGACACAAAAUACAGUGAUCCGACAAGUAGUAAGAGAAAUCAAAAUAAAUAAAAAAAGAGAGAGACCCUCCGCAGUCAUCUCGAUCAGUAGCCUACCGUACGUGAUCGAAGAAGGAGAUGAAAGGCAAAGCGAAGAGAUCCAAAGCAAACUUUGGGCUUCCAAUCGUCGUCGUCUUGUGCUUCCUCUUCUUCCUCGCUGGUUUCUUCGGCUCCAAUCUUCUCUCUCAGGAUGUGCCUAGGGUUAGACCAAGGUUGAGACGGCUUGAAUUGGUCGACGGGGUGGAAGGUGAGGUGACGCAGGGUUCGAUGCCGCACGGCGAAACUGGAGAGGCUUUUGUUAAAUCGAUUCCUUUUCAGGUUUUAAGUUGGACACCACGAGCUCUCUACUUCCCAAAUUUUGCAACAGCAGAACAAUGUGAAACCAUAAUUAAAAUUGCAAAGUCAAACCUUAAACCAUCACUUUUGGCUUUGCGAAAGGGGGAAACUGCUGAGAGCACCAAGGGCACUAGGACAAGCUCAGGAACAUUUGUUAGUGCUUCAGAAGACGAAACUGGAGUCUUGGAUCUCAUUGAGAAAAAAAUUGCUCGGGCCACUAUGCUUCCUCAAAUUCAUGGAGAGUCAUUCAAUAUAUUGCGGUAUGAACUUGGGCAGAAGUAUGAUUCUCAUUAUGAUGCAUUCAACCCGACUGAAUAUGGCCCACAACAGAGCCAAAGGGUUGCUUCCUUCUUGUUGUAUUUAUCCACUGUAGAAGAAGGUGGAGAAACCAUGUUUCCUUUUGAGAAUGGCUCGAAUAUAGGUACGAGCUAUGAUUACAAAAAGUGCAUAGGUUUGAAAGUGAAGCCACGGCAAGGGGAUGGACUUCUAUUUUAUUCAGUGUUUCCAAAUGGUACAAUUGAUCGGACAUCUCUUCAUGGAAGCUGUCCAGUGAUCAAAGGAGAGAAAUGGGUGGCUACAAAGUGGAUUAGAGAUCAAGAACAAGAGGACUAGGCAUUAUUUUGUGCAGCAUUCAUUUUUGCUCAGACUGUCUAUCAUCAUAAUGCCCAUUUUGAUGAUGAUUUUAUCAUCAUCAAAAUCAAGAGGACUUUUAUUUAUACAACCUGGUAAACUAUUUUCUUUUAGAAAGCAACAAUUCCAUUGCCCAUUGCCCAUUGCCCAUUGCCCAUUGGUGUACAGUUUAGAUGACUACAGAUGUCAAAAUGGGGACAUGCCUCUGAAGAAAGAAACAAGACUUUCAAAUGUCCUGCUGUAUUUUCUUAGGCAUUCUACUCUUGUGGUUGGGCAGUUUCUUUAAGCACGAGUAUCGACUCUUGUCAUGGGUCUCAUUCAUUAAAUAACAUGUGGUCUUUAAGGAA